CGCAGCCAGACCGCGGAGCUGUGCUCCCUUCCAGGCUGCAACCGGGGAGCGUUUCAGGCCCCGCGGCGUCCUCCUCAGCAACCUUUAUGAGGCCGGCCUUCUGCUACGAAUUUUAUUGUUCUUAUUUUUAAACUCGCAUUUCCCCUGGCCCUCAAAGCGACCUUUUGUUCGAAGCAAAAGGGGAGUUAGACAAGGAGGGUAAAGAAGACUCCUAAUGUGAGGCAAAGAUGGAGGAAGGCGCGCAGGCCCCAGACUGGGACAGUGAUGAAACCGUGAUAGAGGGGUCGGUAACAGAGAACGACCUGGAAGAAGAGGAGCUGCCCUGGAGAAGGUUGCUCUUUGAUGAAGACACAUCUCUUAGAUCUGCAUUCAGUAUGCAUCCUGAUAUAAGUGGAAUAUGCAAAGGUAUGCCUUCUCCUGAGAUUCAACCUGGGUUCACACUCAGAGAGGAUCUGCAAGAGCAAACGAAUAAAAAUAAGAUGAUGUGUGUUCUUAGUGAGGAUACAAUAUUACAGCAGCCUCAAGAUGAAACCGAGCAAGAUAAACCUUUGUUACAGACUAGAAAGAAUUAUCCAAUGUUCACUGUGUCAUUUCCACAAGCUGGACUUUCACUGAACCACCAAAACACUGGAGGGCCUGAGGCUGAAGAUUCUGAAGUUUUGUCACACCUAGAAAAGAACCUAAGUGAAGAUGGAGACUCCCCUGAAGUUAGCCUUAUUUCAGGUACUUCUGUUACGGUAUCUGAAGUGGUUGCUAUAAAGGAGAAAUCAUUAAUAGCACCAGAGAAGAUCUUAGCAGCACCAAAUACAUUUUCUGAGCCUGGAAAGGAAAUCACAUUGACUAUGACUUCUGAAGAAAUUAAAGAUGAAGAAAACUCUCUUGAAACUUUUGUGUCUGCCUUAGAAAGGUUACUGACAUCACCAGAAAGUACCCAGGAGGAAAGAUUGUUUGAAAUAAUCAAUGAUUUUGAUCAUAUAGAGUUGAUGAACCCAUUGAGUAGCUCUCCUAGUUCCAUAUCAAUACCUGUGAAUGCCUUGUCAGCAUGUCAUAGAGAUUUACUAGAAAAUACAAAGGAUGAUGCAUUGCCAGCUGAAUUAUUGGCAUCCCUGAACACAUUGUCAGAAGCCAAGAUGAAACCCAUCUGUCAUAGAAAAGAGGGAGGCAGCAUUGUCAAUGCUGGAAAUGAAUAUUUGGAAGUGGAGUUCAAUAUGUCUCAGACCAGUGAAGAUGGUACCCAAAUAGUGAAUUUUGAGUCUAUUUGUUCUACUCCACCAUUUGAGCAAGGUUCCACAUUAACUAAGCUUCAGGACAAUCAUCUAUCAGUGGAGCAAACCCUAGAAGACCCAGAUUCAUUUGGAUUGCAAACUUUGGCUCAUCAAAAUGUCACAUCUUGUAAACCACUAAAUAAUAAGGAAAAUUCAAAUUUAGUAGAAAAUAGCUCUGACCGGAAAACUGCACGUGUGUUAAGGAGAUCAUCCAGACUGGAACAACUGAAAGUAAACCGAGAUGUAAAACACACAGAUGACAUGUAUAAGAUGCCAGAAAAGAUUUUACGAAAAAUCCUUAGCUGUGAGAAUCAAACAAAUAAUAACUCUUCAACUGAGAAUUUCAGAAUGCAGGAUCCUGCUUCAAUGAUUAAAGCUAAGGGGAAGAAUAUGCAUUCAUCCAGAGUCAAGAGUGGGGAACGGAUCAGGAAAAAUAAAAUACUUACAGGAAAAAAUGAAAAAAUGAAGAUGAAUGAAUUAUCUCUUUCUAGCAUUAAUCGGAAAAACGUUUUUGGAGAAACUUACUAUAUAAGGCUGCUCUGCAUGUGAGAUGUUGAUCUUGUUCGUCAUUGUAUAAAAAAAGGUGGAAAUGUUAAUCAGCCAAGUUAUGCAGGUUGGACAGCACUUCAUGAAGCUAGUGUAGGAGGAUUUUAUGAAACAGCAAGUGAACUGUUAAAAGGUGGAGCAGAUGUAAAUAUCAAAGGAAUGUACCAGAUUACUCCCCUACAUGAUGCUGUGAUAAAUGGACAUUAUAAGGUGACAGAGUUACUUCUUUUGAAUGGAGCUGAUCCAUUAUUUAGAAGUGACAGUGGACAGUGUGCUUUGGAUGAAGCCAAGGAUUCACAUAUGAAGCGUCUCCUUGAGAGAUACGUUCCUAAAGAUCAAAAAUAUCUUACAUCAGCUCAGAGGAAUAACACUAACCCAUUAGACGUAGAGGAUGUACACCAGCGCAAGAAACCAAAAUUCAGUUCUAAAAAUCGCAUUUGGUUUGUUUGUAAUGAAAAUUCCAGAAGACAGAAGCCAGAACACAUAAAAGUCAAUAAAGGAAACAAAAAGGAUUUAUUUAUAAAUAAAGAAGAUGUAUAUGAAUGUUACCAGAAAGAUUCCAAAAACACAAAAUUUUGUAAAUCCAAGCAUAAACAAUCAAGUGUUAACCAAAUAUACUCUACAAGACUCAGAAAAGGCAGUCUCCGUAACAUCAAAGAUCCCAGCACAAAGUUGUCUAAAGGUAAAGGAAGAAGAAACACACUAUAUAAAAUGACACAAGUAGAUGAUAGAGACAGCAAUCCAAGAAAGGCACUAGCUGUCUCUUCUUCCAGGAGAAUAAACAGAUUGGUUACUCGUCAACAACAUAUUCUGCAAACCAUUGAUGACCUUCCAGAAGAGGCAUGUGAACAUUCCAGCCCAACUCUGUCAAGCCUGAAAAAUGAAUUAGAUAACAAUAUUGAGGCUUGUUCAAUUUCUAAAGAGACACAAAUCCAGAGCAUGGAUUUAUCAGAUAGUCAAGAAGCACAGUGCUUGGAACUAGAAUCUAUUGAUCAAACUGAAGCUGAUUCUCUCCCAGGACUGUCAUUACAUAAAGAAAUUAAGUUACCAAUUGUUACUACAGAUCAGCAGCCUCAUACUCCCCAAGAACAACACAGCAGCCCUUAUAAAUCUCAGGAAAACAGUAACUCAGUUAAAAAAGAUGAGAGUAUUAUUAAUAAAUGGGAAAAAUCUUUCCUAUCUUUCAUAAAGAGAAAUGUUGAUGAUGAUGGUGGUGAUUGCUCUAGCUCUGAGAAAUCUGUAACAUUUGAAAAGGUGAUAUGUUCCACAGAUUACAAAAACCACUGUAAUGAUAAAGAGAAUAUAACAAAUAGAGAAGAAAUGACUUUUCAACAAUUUUCACCUUCUGAAGGCCAUUUUUCACAGGAAAAUGAGUUAAAUGCAGGCAGCCUAACUACACUUCCACAACAGGAAGCUGUUAAUUUUUCUGAUUCAGAUAAUGUAGUCAUUUCUGAACAGCAUGUUAUGAAUUUUGAACAAUGCAUAUAUGGAACUUCUUUUGAUCACUCAAACAGCAAUCCUAAGCAAACUUCCCUGGCUUAUAUGAAAACACUUUCAACACAUGAGGUUUCAAAGUUGACUAGUCAUGUGGACCUUUUCAAAAAGCAUCAGGAUUAUAGCCCCAGAGCACCAACUCCUUUAAUGAAUCAAACAGAUAUACAUAUUGUGGAAAAGGUGACAAAGAAACAAGACACUAAAAGGAAUUACACUGACAAAGGCCAGAAAACAAGUUCUUUAAAUGGGCCUUUAUCCACAGUUGUUGAUUCUCAAGUAAUAGAAACAACUGAAGUUGAAAAAAGAAGACAAAAUCUUCCAGAGAAUAGGACCAUCCAUAAUAUAGAUUUUCAUUCUGCUGACAAUAUGAAUAAAGAAUUGACGAACAUCACACAACUUGGUCAAAGAGAGGAGGAAGAAACUUCUCACCAACCAGUUGAGGAAUUAACUAAUAAUGUCAAUGGAGAUGAAAGUACUAUGAGAAAUUGUAAGGAGAAAAAAAAAACUGAGCCAGAAAUUCACAUACCUACUAAUACCCAAGAACACAAAAAAGUUCAGAAUUUCAGAAAAAGACGAAAUUUCUUGAAAGCUACCUACAGCCAAGGAAUGAAAACAGCUGGGAUCAAUAAGAGGAAUGCCAAAGGGGAAAGCCGGCUUUAUUUGGCUACCAGAAGAGGAAAUUUGUCUAUGGUGAAAGCUUUAAUAGAAUCUGGAGCAGAUGUGAAUCUAAAAGAUAAUGCAGGUUGGACACCACUUCAUGAGGCAGCUACUGAGGGAUCUGCUGAUAUAAUUGUGGAGUUAUUAAAAGCUGGUGCUAAUGUUAAUAGCGAAAGUCAAGAUGGAAUUCUCCCCUUACAUGAUGCCGUUGCAAACAAUCAUUUAAAGGCAGCUGAGAUUCUACUACAAAAUGGAGCAAACCCUAAUCAAAAAGAUCAAAAACAGAAGACUGCUUUGGAUGAGGCAGAUGAUGAAAAAAUGAAAGAGUUGUUAAAAUCUUAUGGUGCUAUUGAGACCAAUAAUACAGAAGAGAGUAAUGUUAUAAUCAAUGAAAAAAUUCCUGCUGUCCGGUUAAAAAGACAUAAACAGUGUUUUUGUGAUGAUGGAAAACCUGUUCAUCCACCUUCCUUUUCACACCAAGGAGAAACAAGAGAAAACCUUCCUGUGCAUCAGACGCUAAGUGCCAUUCUGCAAGAUAUAGAAGAAAAACAAGAAAAUUUAUUAGCAUUUGAAAUAAAAAACCCUGAAGAUGCAGAACAGUACAUUGAAAAAAUGUUGAAGAUAAAAGAGAUUAUGGAUAAUGUGCUUGGCAAACAAAAAGCAGAAAGAGAUGAUCUGGCUAAAAAAUACAGGGUAUCCAUAGAGUCAUUUAAGCAUGGAGCCCUGAGAGAACAACUGGCCAAUCUGGCCACAAGACAGAAGAGCCUUUUAGUUGCAGCAAAAAAACAGAAAGAAAUAAGCCUGAAAAUUCAAAACUAUAAGAAUGUUACAUCAUUAUCUGGUCUUGGUUUAAGGAAGCUGCCACCCAGCUCAGAAACCUCCAGUGAAAAGGACAGCCAAGAGCUUAACAGCCUGGAAAAUUCAGUGCAACCCCAAUCAGGUUCCUUUUCUCCUGUCAGUUUUGUUUCUGGAAGCAUGCAGGACGCACAGUUUUCUAUAGAAACUUACAAUUACAGCCACAAUACCAACAUUUGUCUAAAUUCAGAGACAGUGAGAAGGGAAGAAUUUUAUGGAAAUGAGAUUAAUUCUAAACAAAAUGUCCAUGAUUCUACCUUGGAUGGGUUAUCAACAUCCAGACAUUCAGGUGACACUGAGAUUAAAUUACCAUCCCAACCUGUUGCUUUUAUUCCUGAAACAGAAUAUUCACAAAAAGAAAAUGAUCUUAUAGAAACUACAGCCAAAAGGCAUGAAUUCUGUAGUUCUUCUGCAGUAACUGGCACAUUAAAUAUUUCAGAAACCAUGAGUGUAUUUGCCCAAAAUGAUGCCCAUCGAUCAACUAUUAUUCGCAAUCAGGACCUUUCCAACGUUCCAAAAAGAGGAAACAGGAAAACAGCUUCUCAGCAACCACCUUGGGGGGCAUCAAAAUCCCUGGCACGUCAAGGGAUUGCUGUUUCAGGGAGUGAUACUGUGCAUGAGAUGAAAACAUGUCUUAAAAAAUUAGCUUCUACUGUUCCACAUGUAAAUGAUAGCCAGAACUCCUCUUCCUCUGGGUCUGGGCAUCAACAUACUAUAAAAAAGCCUUUAAACUACAGUACAGCUCCUAAAAAGAAAUGUAUGCAGAUAAAAGAUUUGAUAUUGAUGGGCAGAAUUAAUCCAGGAAAUAACAUUCUGGAAUUCAGAACACAGGAUACUACAUACAAAGCCAGUAUUUUAAUAAGUGGUAAAAUUAAGGUAGAAAAUGGUCAGAUUUAUCAAAACCCAGUUACUUGGCUCAAGGAUCUUCUGGGAGGUGAAAGUUAUGUGACCUGGAAUUAUGCUUGGAGUAAGGUAACAUAUCUUGGGAAGGAGCUUUUAAAGUAUGUUUCUGAGGAAGUACCCAUACUUCCAGAACCAAACUUGGUAUCUCAGCAACAUCAAACUUGUCUUCCAGAAGCACCUUGUUUAGAUGACCCAGUACAAGAACCAAGCAAAUUGGUGUUUGAGAAAACGAAAUUUGGACAAGGAACUUCCAGAAAAUCAAUGCAAACCAUCCCACAGUAUCUACAAAUAAAUGAAAUACUAUUAUUCAGCGAUCAAGAAUUUCUCCCAUGCCAAAUAAUGGAUCAGCAUUGGAAGUUCUAUGUGGAAUGUGAAGAACUAACAUUCUAAAGCCUUCUUUCUUAAUAAUUUAUUAAGUACUUGCUCAAAUUAUCAACAAAUGUUUGUAUUUCAUCUUGUGUGGUCUGGUGGGCCUAUUUUAACAACUACUUUUUGGGUUGCUACUUAAUAUGUAUGUUUACUGUUAGGAGGAAUAAUAUAACU